AUGCUGGAUUCCGACGAAGGGCUGCCCAGCGCUGCGCGGCUGGCCGAAGCACUCGUCCUGCUGGUCAUCUGCGUCAGCGUGGUGGCGGCCAACGUGCUCGUGAUCGCCACCCUUCUGCACAGCACGCGCCAGGUGCUGGACUACUACAUUCUCUCCCUGGCUGUGGCAGACCUGCUCUGCGGCGUGCUCGUGGUGCCACUGUCAGUGUACCCGGCCAUCGUCCAAGACUGGGUCUACGGGGACUUUGUGUGCCGCCUCAGCGGAUACGUGGCUCUGACUCUCUGGAGCGUUUCCAUCUACAGCUUCAUGUGGCUCUCCGUAGACAGAUACCUAGCCAUACGCAAGCCGCUGAGGUACGACACCAUCCAGACGCGCACCCGGUGCCAGUGCUGGAUGCUGUUCACGUGGAUGACGUCCAUGUUCAUGUACUGCCCUCCCCUGUUCGGUUUCUCUAGCGGACACUUCUACCGAGAUGCGUAUAUCUGCAUGCUGGAUCUGUCCAGCAUUCUUCCUUACACGCUCACGCUGGCGCUGUUAGUCCUAUUGCCCAGCGUUCUCACCGUCAUGUACACCUAUUACUUCAUCUUUAACACUAUGCGUAAAAUGCGCAGGUGCCUGAGCAAGGAGGAGAAAGAGUACGCCACCGCGAUUGGUGAGCAUCUAUCCAACCCUGACCAUGUGAUGUCCUUCGUUAUCAUCGUGCUCUUCUGGGUCUCGUGGAUGCCGUGGAUAGGCCUGCAGGUGUACGAAAAAAUUGGUGGUGUGAAGCUCAGGUUCCACGCGUUACACUUCGGCUUGCUAUGGUUGGGCGUCCUGGACUGCUUAUGGAAGCCACUCAUCUACGUAGCCAUGAGCCCGAAGUUCAGGCUGAGCGUGCAGCUAUUGUUCGUGUCCUUGUGCUGCCGGCAUAAAACGCCGCAGCAGCUCGUGGUCUAGCUCAUGGUGUACUCCGGCUGGUGGUUUCCUACUGUCUUCGGUUUUAUACCAGACGUUCGGAGUAUUUUGUAAUAGGUUCUGUGACUCAACACCUUCAACUAUCUACUUCAGAAAGGUUGCUUUGACAGGUGUCCUGAAAUAUGCCAGACAUUUUAGUUUCGUCAACUUAAAUACUCUAACUUUUACAGAACGCAUUUCGCGCUUUCUCGCAACUUGAAGCGUUAGGAAUGCCUACACAUUUUAGACGAUCGCUCUAAUG